ACGUCUUGUUUAGUUGUCGAUAUCUGCGAGCGCCACCACACCCCUCUCUUUCGCUUCUUCUGUACCCUCCCUUCGAACACUCGCUAUCCUUACUCUCUCAUCUCCACACGUAGCCUUGCAUCUUUUCCCUUCGAAGCUUCUACAGCAAUGGCCACUGCCGCUCUCAGCCCUGCCGAUACGGAGAAGCUCUCCAAGCUCAAAUCAGCUGUUGCUGGAUUGAGUCAAAUCAGUGAGAAUGAGAAAAAUGGAUUCAUCAACCUCGUGGCUCGCUAUCUCAGUGGCGAAGCGCAGCAUGUUGAAUGGAGUAAGAUCCAGACGCCAACUGAUGAAGUAGUUGUACCUUACGACAGUUUGACACCGCCUCCUGAUGGUUCAUCUGACAUUAAGAAUCUCUUGGACAAGCUUGUGGUACUGAAGCUUAAUGGAGGCUUGGGCACAACUAUGGGCUGCACUGGUCCCAAAUCUGUCAUUGAAGUUCGUGAUGGGUUGACAUUUCUUGAUUUGAUUGUCAUCCAAAUUGAGAACCUCAAUAACAAGUACGGAAGCAGCGUUCCUCUGCUUCUGAUGAACUCUUUCAAUACUCAUGAUGACACUCUCAAGAUUGUUGAAAAAUAUAAAAACUCGAACAUUGAAAUCCAUACUUUUAACCAGAGCCAAUAUCCCCGAUUGGUUAUUGAUGAUUUUUUGCCAUUGCCAUCCAAAGGGAAAACAGGCAGAGAUGGGUGGUACCCUCCUGGCCACGGGGAUGUCUUCGCAUCACUAUCAAACAGUGGCAAACUUGAUGCUCUUUUAUCAGAGGGUAAGGAGUAUGUGUUCGUUGCCAAUUCUGAUAACUUGGGUGCCAUAGUUGACUUGAAAAUCUUAAAUCAUUUGAUCCAGAACAAGAAUGAAUACUGUAUGGAGGUCACUCCAAAAACAUUGGCUGAUGUGAAGGGUGGCACUUUGAUCUCUUACGAAGGAAGGGUUCAGCUCUUGGAAAUCGCACAAGUCCCAAAUGAGCACGUCAAUGAAUUCAAGUCAAUAGAGAAAUUCAAAAUUUUCAACACAAAUAACUUGUGGGUGAACUUAAAAGCAAUUAAGAGGCUUGUUAAAGCUGAAGCUCUUAAGAUGGAAAUUAUUCCCAAUCCCAAGGAAGUUGAUGGAGUGAAAGUUCUUCAGUUGGAAACUGCAGCUGGUGCAGCAAUAAGGUUCUUUGACAGGGCUAUUGGGAUAAAUGUGCCUCGAUCUCGAUUCCUUCCAGUGAAGGCAACUUCAGAUUUGCUUCUUGUCCAGUCAGAUCUUUACACCUUGGAAGAUGGCUUUGUCAUCCAGAACAAAGCUAGGGCAAAUCCAGCAAACCCUUCAAUUGAAUUGGGGCCAGAAUUUAAGAAGGUUAGCGACUUCUUGAGGCGGUUCAAGUCAAUUCCUAGCAUUGUUAAUCUUGACAGUCUUAAAGUGGCUGGCGAUGUAUGGUUUGGAGCAGGUGUUACCCUCAAGGGUAAAGUGAGUGUCAUUGCAAAACCGGGAGUGAAGCUGGAAAUACCAGACGGAGCUGUACUCGCAGAUAAGGAGAUUAAUGGCCCUGAGGAUCUUUGAGCAAGCUGCUUGGAUCAAGGUGUAUCCAACUAUAUACAUACAAUCUUGACCGUAUAUGCUAUUUCACUUAGUGUAUUGCUGCAAGUUUGGUAGGAAAAUAAAUUUUUGG